AUGAAAUCGUGGUUGAUCGACUGCGUAGAUCAGCACUACGAUUGCAGGAACGAAUCAACUGGUUGGUAUAUACCCACAAGACUGAUUGAUGUUGGCUCCUCUUUGACUCCACCGCGGUUGCGGGCGGCAAGUGAUGUCUCGGUGGGUGAGAGAUACGCCACUUUGAGCUACUGCUGGGGCAUGAAAUCGUUCCAUAGGCUCCGGUCUUCAAAUUAUGCCGCAAUGCACCAAAAGAUUCCCCUAGAUGAUCUUCCACGGACUUUUCGAGAUGCUAUUGUUGUUACGCGAAUGCUAGACGUUCGCUAUCUUUGGGUUGACAGUCUUUGCAUAAUCCAAGACUCACAAGAGGACUGGCAGAAAGAGGCUUCUCAGAUGGGCUUCGUAUACCAAAACGCUUAUUUCACCAUAGCUGCUGCGGCUGCCACAGACGCUUUUGAUGGCUUAUUCCAAAGGAGCGAUCCGUGCGUCCAGCAACUGGCCUGGCCAAAGACUUCUGUCCAAGUAUUCCGCCACCGCAAUCACCUGCGACACGAUAAGGAGCCUUCAGCGUCGAUGCUAGCCCAUCUGCCUCUUUUGAGAAGAGCAUGGGUAUUCCAGGAGAUGGUCUUAUCAACACGAACUGUGAUGUUCAGUUCUGAGCAGAUUUACUGGGAAUGCCGCACGCUUUCUGCAUGUGAAGACUUUCCGAACGGAUAUUGCGGUUCAAAACUAGAUCGACUUCCCCCGAAGCCCUUGAUUCGAUCCUUGAUCGCAACAUCGGCUCGUCUCCUGGACCAGACAAUAUCGUGGCGCACCUGGACUAAACUUGUAAUGGAAUACAGUCGAUGUUUGCUGACUUACCAAUCGGAUAGACUUAUUGCAAUCGCUGGUGUGGCUCAGGCAGCACACCGAGCGGUGGAUAGUGAUUAUCUUGCCGGGUUAUGGAAAAGGCAUCUCUCUGCCGGCCUUCUUUGGUAUGUGGCGCCCAACGAAGUCAAGCGGGGCGGAACCGGUCUACAAUACGUGGCUCCGAGUUGGUCCUGGGCCAGUGCGACUGGCCCUGUC